CCGGGCGGAAGUGAGACCGGAAGUGGGCUCGGGGAGGGCGGAAGCGGCUUCUUCCCCCACGCGAUGGAGUCGGAGGCUGAGCAGCAGCAGCAGCUCCGCAGCCUCCGGGGGUUCCUGCUGGCGUACAAUCAGCUCUCGCAGCUCUGCUUCCAGCGCUGCGUCUGCGGCCUCGGACACCGCCUGCUCAGCGCCCGCGAGGAGCGCUGCGUGGACGGCUGUGCCGGGAAGCUGCUCCGCGCGAGCCAUCGGCUGCUGAGCGCCUACGUGGGGCUGAUGCCGGCGCUGACGGAGCGCCGCCGCGCACCGCCUGCACAGCACCCGACGGAGGCGACGGAGACGACGGAGCCGGAGCCGGAGCCGCGCCGUCCCGCAUAG